CAGCCGAGGGAGUCAUGUUUCAUAGCUAGUGAGCUAUUCAAGCUGUACUCCAGAGAUUGUAUUGCACCCCCUUCUCUAGUGGCCGGAAGCGGGAUGUGAUGUAAAAAUCACAUUGAAACUUUUUUCUUGAGUGUGCACAUCUCCCGAUGUAUUGUAAAACAACGAGGAAGAUCACUUUACUUGAAUAUUUUCCGAAGUUUUGAACUGGGUUUUGUACCUUGAUGCAACUUCGACAAAGAUAAACCACUGUCGGAUCCCGUCAAGAUCCCAAAAUCAGAGAUGUAGUCUCUGUCCAAGUCUGCUCGCAGACAUCCAAGGCUCACCAUGCUGUUGUUCCUGCUCCUGGCGUUACAAACCAGUGCCAAUGCUCAGAUAGAUCCAGCACAUUGCCGAUACCCUCUUGGCAUGGAGGAUGGCAGGAUCAAAGAUGAUGAAAUCACUGCCUCCAGCCAAUGGUGGGAUACCACUGGACCACAGUUUGCAAGGUUGAACAAGGAGGAAGGGGACGGGGCAUGGUGCCCGGCGGGUCCCCUGGAGCCCACAGAUGUUCAGUACUUGCAGUUGGACCUGCGCCAGCUGACAUUCCUCACAGUUGUUGGCACCCAGGGCCGUUAUGCCCGCAGCUCUAACGAAUUUGCUCGCAUGUACCGUCUAGACUACAGCCGCGAUGGCCAUCACUGGAUUUCCUGGAAAAGUCGCCUUGGUAACAAGGUGAUAAAGGGUAAUGAUAAUGCCUACACCUCAGUGAUUAAGGACCUACACCCGCCAAUUAUCACGCGUUACCUCCGUGUCAUCCCCGUCACCAGUGUGUCAACCACCGUGUGUAUGCGAGUGGAGCUCUAUGGAUGCCCUUGGACUGAUGGUUUGACCACGUACAGUGCUCCUGAGGGUCAGGUGAUGAUGGCCCCAGGGUACUCCGUCGCCAAGCUCAAUGAUUCCACUUAUGACGGCGUCUUUGAACGCAGGAAACUGAGUGGAGGCUUGGGCCAGCUGACGGAUGGCGUGAUUGGGCAGGACGACUUCCUGCUCACCCAUCAGUACCAUGUGUGGUACGGAUAUUACUACGUGGGCUGGAAGAAGGACAGCCUGGGCCCUGGAUACGUGGAGAUGGAGUUUGUGUUUGACAGGCCGAGGAACUUCACAUCCAUGAAGGUGCACAGCAACAACAUGUUCACUCGAGGGGUGAAGAUCUUCUCCUCGGUGGAAUGCUGGUUCAAGCCACGGCUCAUUGCUGACUGGGAGCAGGAGCCGGAAGAGUUCCGCACCGUCCUGGACGACCGGAAUCCCAGUGCCCGCUACGUAACCGUGCCCCUGGGCCGCCGCAUGGGCAAAGCAAUCCGCUGCCGAUUCCACUUUGCAGACACGUGGAUAAUGUUCAGCGAGAUCUCCUUCCAGUCUGCCCAGGACAUGAUCCCUACCCAGGCCACACCUGUCAUGACAUCCUCCUGGCCUAAGACUUCCAGCUCUCUGCCCACCACACUGAAAACUGUGACAACUGCAUGGAAGACGGUCAUGCCUGAGGAAAGCAACACCUCCAUCCUCAUUGGUUGCUUAGUGACCAUCAUCCUCCUGUUGGUGGUGAUCAUUUUCUUGAUCCUGUGGUGCCAGUAUGUUUGCAAAGUGCUGGAGAAGGCCCCACGACGCAUUCUGGAGGAGGAGGUGACCGUUCGGCUCUCCUCCAGCAGUGACACUAUCAUCCUGCAGACCCCCCCUUUGCCUCCACGCAUCUCCCAGCCUGACCCCCCCUAUGAAAGGGUCUUCCUGCUGGACCCGCAGUACCAGGAUCCGGCGGCACUGAGGAACAAGCUACCGGAGGUUUCGCAGAGUGCAGAGGCCUCGGGCUUUGGAGGGGGCUAUGCAGAGCCUGACGUGACCCAGUGCACACCUCACCAGGGCUUCCAGAGCAGCGUGCCCCACUACGCAGAGACGGAUAUCGUCAGCCUACAGGGCGUGACUGGCAGUAACAUGUACGCCGUCCCCGCCCUGACCGUCGACUCACUCACUCGUAAAGACAUCUCCGUGGCCGAGUUCCCUCAGGAGCAGCUGAUCUUCCGUGAGAAGCUGGGGGAGGGACAGUUCGGAGAGGUUCAUUUGUGUGAGGCGGAAGGCCUGCUGGAGUUUUUGGGAGAGGGCGCCCCCCUGCCGGAGAUGGACGAUAGGCCAGUGUUGGUGGCGGUGAAGCAGCUGAGGCCGGAUGCCACCAGUACUGCCAGGAAUGACUUCCUGAAGGAGAUUAAGAUCAUGUCCCGACUCAACGACCCCAACAUCAUCCAGCUGCUGUGUGUGUGUGUGAGCUCGGACCCACUGUGCAUGGUCACUGAGUACAUGGAAAACGGCGACCUCAACAUGUUCCUCUCCCAGAGAGAGAUAGAGAGCACGCUAACCCAUGCCAACAACAUACCCUCCGUCAGCACCUCGGAUCUCUUGCACAUGUCAGUGCAGAUCGCCUCUGGCAUGAAGUACCUGGCCUCUCUGAACUUUGUGCAUCGGGACCUUGCCACUCGCAACUGCCUCCUGGAUCGCCGGCUCACCAUCAAAAUCGCAGACUUCGGGAUGAGCCGCAAUCUCUACAGCAGCGACUACUACCGCAUCCAGGGCAGGGCCGUGCUGCCAAUUCGCUGGAUGGCCUGGGAAAGCAUUCUACUGGGGAAGUUCACUACUGCCAGUGAUGUGUGGGCGUUCGGGGUCACCCUUUGGGAGAUUUUCACCCUGUGCAAGGAGCAACCGUACAGCCUUCUGUCUGAUGAACAGGUCAUCGAAAACACUGGGGAGUUCUUCAGGAACCAGGGGAGACAGAUAUUUCUGUCUGCCCCUCCACUCUGUCCAGCCUCUCUGUUUGAGUUGAUGAUGCGUUGCUGGUACAGAGAUAUUGGUGACCGGCCGUCAUUCAACUGCAUCUAUCAGGCCCUGCGACCACAUGCGACCCAAUGAACCGUCACCAGAAGUCCCAGAAGUCUCCAGCAGGGGAUCUCAGCCCUGACCUGAAUCCUCUAGCCUCCCAGAGUAAGGGGAAAGAACAGGAGACAAUCCAGCAAUGAUGUAGCUUCAGCAGCGCAAGAGGACAAACGUGGGGCGUCGGGGGGGGGGGGUUUGACUUGAGUGACAUUGUUUGGCUUUUAUAAACAACAACAAAACAAAAAGAAAACUUGGCAUCAACUCGCUGUGGUGACUGCGUUGCGUUGUUGAUGCUUAAAUCCACGGACACUUGAGCAAUUUUUGCCUGUCUUUGUAAUGUGUUUCCUAUCAACUGUACCUUUUCACAUUCUGCCAAGUGUUACAUCUGAAUCAUUUCAAUUGGUACCAAAGGAGAGGGGGAAAAAGAGAUGGAGGGGGGGGGAGAAAAGACUAAAUGCUAGGUUGAAAGGAGAACCAACAACUGGAGGAAUGUUUUUUUUAAGGGCCUGUGGUUGUAAUAUGUAAAGCACUGCUGUGAUUUAGUUUCUUCCUUUUUGCUCAUGUUCCUUAUUUACCCCCACACUGGAGUAUGACUUAAUAAUCUUUCUAUGUUUUAUAGUAUGUGUUUUUUUUUUAUCUCUGAAUAUGAAUGUUAUGCAGGUUAAUUUGGAUGAGGCUAGGCUGGCCAUCUGUGCUCCUAGCUCCAGCAGAACUACUGUCACUGUAGAGUAAAAGCUCUAAUGGAGAGGGUUGUAGAGCCACAAUGGACUGAUGUGCAAUGGAUUGCACUGUCUCCCCCCCCCCCCCCCCCCCCCUAAUUGGAAUGGGCUGCUUUAUGGGCUGUAUGAACCCCUUCACUCUACCCACACAUAAGGAGGUGGAAUUGUCUCAGCCAUUUCAAUUCCUCCAAUGCUCCACACGUCACACUUAAUUCCUGGUAACUCUUUUGAAAAUAUGCAACAUCUACAUAGCAAAAGAGCUUAGGCCUAAUGCGCCUUUGCACCAUCUGUUGGUGUUGCGAGAAAUUUACUGAGAUGGGCCUAUGCGGUUGUCACUAGCAUUUUUUAUGUGCUUUGUGCUUCAGUUAUUUUGGUCUGAAAAAAACCCCAGAAACAACCAGAAAACAAUAAUCCUCAGUGAUGGCAGCACACUUGAGUUAGCAUCGCUACAGAAGACUGUCAGAACGUGUGUGAUGCAUGCAUUAUUUACAUAUGGUCCAUAUUGUAGUUCAGAUAUUUUGAGAGGUCUUAGCUUUUCCUGGACCUCUUUAAAAGGCACAUUGUCUGGGGGAGUUUGAACAAUUCAAAGCACAUAUGACUUUACAUGGUUGUUCCCCUGUAUGCUUGUACGCCAUUUUUAACUAUGAAAGCUAAUAAUGAAUUUGUGUUCAUGUUUCAUGUUUCAAGCCUUAUUACGCCAAAUUGGAUGCACGUGUGAUCAUUGUUUCAAAGCAAAUCACAUUUAUAGACACAUAUGGGGCUUCAUUAACUAAGAUCAAAGAUCAAUUUUUUUUCAUUUGUUUAUUGUUGUUUUGUUAUGUCUGUGUCAUCUCAUGUCAUUUUUUAUAGUAAUUUUUUUUUACUGUAUCUCAUUGUGUUGUCAUAAGGUACAAAAUACAUUGUUGUUAGGGCUGCUGGGACGUGUCACAAUCUGGAAUAGUUGAAUGAAGCAUUCCCAAUAGCGCUGGGAUACACUUUGAGUGGCAGAGAAGGGUCAGGGAAUUUUGUGCGCGCGCGUGUCUGUUUGGUGCCUGCCAUUGCAUUCCAACCCGCAAACCUCAGGGCCAGGUUGACGUCUAAACUCAAGUCUCCCAGUUGCAUUUGCUGAAGUGAGCCUGUGGUCUUCUCUGUUAUCACUGAGUAGAGCAUUUUUUUCCCUCUUGUCUUGUUUUGUUCUGCAUCCUUUUUGUUUUUGUUUUGGUUCCUUAUUUGUUUUGGAUGGAGUGAGAGAGAAGAAAGAAGUGUUAGGGUUAUGUGUGCGUACAUAUGUCCAACGUGCGACUGUGUGAGUGUAUUUGUAGUGUGUGUGGGUUAAGAGGCUUUUUUUAGUGGAAAUGAGAAUGACCUAGGGGUGAGAAUGAUCUACUGUGGGAUGAGGCUGAUCUUAUAUGUAUUCUCAGUCCCUACACUCUUGUGUAUGACAGCAUAUAGAUUCAGUAGCACGUGUCGUUUCAGCACUUUGAAACAUGAUUUGACUGAAAGUAUCAUAAUUGAUAGCUGAGUGACAGGUUGCUCUAAAACAACACACAUGCGGCCUUCUGGAAGUUGUAGCUAUGAUAUCUCUAUAGUUCAAGUUGCACAUCUCUAACAUUUGUUUUAGCAGUAAAGCAUUUAAAAAUAAAGUAGAAGUAUCCCCUGUCUAAAUAUUGGCAUCUAUGUGCAUGCAAAUUAUUGAGCAUUACUGUGGCAAUCACUUGUCAGUGAGUGUCGCUUUGUUAAGUGUGUGCAUAUGUGUCUGUAGAAGAGAAAAGAGAGGUUGUACCUGCGCAUAUUUGUUUGUUUAGAUAAGUGACUGGUCUCCCCAUUACCUAACUUUUCUUUAGCUAUAAUUCUGGCUCUUCACUCUUGUAGGAUGUAUGUGGCUGUCAUGUACAUAGUGUAGUCAGAAUAGAUGUAUAGUAAUAUAUUGGGAUCUAAGGAGGACAUUCUUGCACCAUUGUGUAACCAUCUUGUGUGUUUCUCAUUCUCGUUUCCUAUAUUAAGAAAUUAAACCUUAUCUGUA